AUGGAACGUCGAUCGCGGAGCUGGGCCCUCGGCCUCAGCAUCAUUGGGUUUUUCGCCCUUCUCUUCUCUGCUGGCUUUGUCCAGCAAGUAAAAGCGGACGAUGUCUCGGAAUAUGGCACUGUUAUCGGUAUUGAUCUGGGAACCACCUACUCUUGCGUUGGUGUGAUGCAGAAGGGCAAGGUCGAGAUUCUCGUCAACGACCAAGGAAACCGUAUUACCCCGUCUUAUGUCGCCUUCACCGAUGAGGAGAGAUUAGUCGGAGACGCCGCCAAGAACCAGGCUCCCGCCAACCCCUACAACACUAUCUACGAUAUCAAGCGCCUCAUCGGCCGCAAGUUCUCUGAGAAGGAGCUCCAGACUGAUAUCAAGCACUUCCCCUUCAAGGUCGUCUCCAAGAAUGACAAGCCGGCCGUCACCGUCAAGGUCAAUGGUGAGGACAAGACCUUCACCCCCGAGGAGAUUUCCGCCAUGGUUCUCGGCAAGAUGAAGGAGACUGCUGAGAGCUAUCUCGGCAAGAAGGUCACCCACGCCGUUGUUACCGUUCCCGCCUACUUCAACGACAACCAGCGCCAGGCCACCAAGGAUGCCGGUAUGAUUGCCGGUCUCAACGUCCUUCGCAUUGUCAACGAGCCCACCGCCGCUGCCAUCGCUUACGGUCUUGAUAAGACCGAUGGCGAGCGCCAGAUCAUUGUCUACGACUUGGGUGGUGGCACUUUCGAUGUUUCCCUCCUCUCCAUCGACCAGGGUGUCUUUGAGGUUUUGGCUACUGCCGGUGAUACUCAUCUUGGUGGUGAGGAUUUCGACCAGCGUGUCAUUAACCACUUCGCCAAGACCUUCAACAAAAAGCACGGUGUUGAUGUCACCACUGACGCCAAGGCCAUGGGUAAGCUCAAGCGUGAGGCCGAGAAGGCCAAGCGUACCCUUUCCAGCCAGAUGUCCACCCGUAUUGAAAUCGAGUCCCUUUUCGGCGGCAAGGACUUCUCUGAGACCCUUACCCGCGCCAAGUUCGAGGAGCUCAACAACGACCUCUUCCGCAAGACUCUCGAGCCUGUGAAACAGGUUCUCAAGGACGCCAAGGUUGCCAAGGGCGAGGUCGAUGACAUCGUUCUUGUUGGUGGUUCUACCCGUAUCCCCAAGGUCCAGGCCCUCAUUGAGGAGUUCUUUGGUGGCAAGAAGGCUUCCAAGGGCAUCAACCCCGAUGAGGCCGUCGCUUUCGGCGCUGCUGUCCAGGCUGGUGUUCUUUCCGGUGAGGAGGGUACUGAGGAAAUCGUUCUCAUGGAUGUCAACCCUCUUACUCUCGGCAUUGAGACCACUGGUGGUGUCAUGACCAAGCUCAUCACCCGCAACACCCCUAUCCCUACCCGCAAGAGCCAGAUCUUCUCCACCGCCGCUGAUAACCAGCCCGUGGUCUUGAUCCAGGUUUACGAGGGUGAGCGUUCCAUGACCAAGGACAACAACCUCCUCGGCAAGUUCGAGCUUACUGGCAUCCCCCCCGCUCCCCGUGGCGUUCCCCAAAUCGAGGUCUCUUUCGAGCUCGACGCCAACGGAAUUCUCAAGGUUUCCGCCCACGACAAGGGCACUGGCAAGGCCGAGUCCAUCACCAUCACCAACGACAAGGGCCGCCUUACCCAGGAGGAGAUUGACCGCAUGGUUGCCGAGGCUGAGAAGUACGCCGAGGAGGAUAAGGCCACCCGUGAGCGCAUUGAGGCUCGCAACGGUCUUGAGAAUUACGCCUUCUCCCUGAAGAACCAGGUCAACGAUGAGGAGGGUAUGGGCAAGAAGAUCUCAGAGGAGGACAAGGAGACCAUCCUCGACGCCGUCAAGGAGACCCAGGACUGGCUUGAGGAGAAUGCCGCCACUGCCUCCACCGAGGACUUCGAGGAGCAGAAGGAGAAGCUGUCUGGCGUUGCUUACCCCAUCACCAGCAAGCUUUACAGCGCCGGUGGUGCCGGUGGCGAGGACGACGAGCCCGCUGGCCAUGACGAGCUUUAA